UGCCUAGCAACUAAAGGUUCCGGAGACGCGUUAGGUCGGCGCGUGGCCAAUGGCUUCGAUCCGGGAGGUGGUGGACGAGAAGCGCGAGGAGUUCCGGCAGUACCUGGAGCGCGGCAACGUCAUAGUGUCGGUAACGAGAGCGCUUGUCUCGCUCUACGACGAGUUCGAGAAACCAGAAGAUCCCGUGGAGUACGUGCGCAAAGCCCUGGGCGACAUCCGGCCCACAGCCGCCGAGAUGGAGAGCGUGCGCGAACGCCUCAAGGAAACCGAGAUGACACUGGAGGAACUGCGCAAGAGGAAUGACGUGCUCCGAGGCCAGCUGCUGAGGCUCGAGCCAGACAGCGAGCUGCUGGCUCAUCCCAGGGCAGGGGACGACCUGCUGGACGCAGACGCCGUCGCCGCCUACCGCAGCGCCCACGACGAGGUCGUUCUGGCGCCUCCUCCCACUCCGACGGUUAUACACUGAAACCUCGCAGCCGGCCGAGCCCGUGACUCAGCAUGUGGCGGCCGUUGCUACUCAAAUUCCUUGGUAAUAAAAUAAAUCAAAAUGCGACGCUUCA